AUGUCCACAACCACAGACGUCAAAACAUGCACCGCAGCCAGUUCUUCGGAAACGCAAAAGCUUCAACCUGUGACAGACCGAGGAUAUAGUUUAGGUUCGCAGGGCAUUCACAACCUCGCCUUUGGCGGCAUACUGCCAAAGAACCAAAGGCCACGGUUCUCAGAUAAACUAAAGGAACGGAGACACGUCCUUGAGCACAUGGCCGGAACAUUCCGCGUGUUUGGUAGAAGAGGUUUCAACGAAGGGCCUGCUGGCCACAUUUCGGUCAGAGACCCUGUCGACCCGGAAACAUUUUGGAUCAACCCACUGGGCCUCCACUUCAGCCAAAUAGACGUUUCAAGUCUUGUUCAUGUCAAUUCUGAGGGUGAAAUUCUGAGCGAUGGAAACCAAGCCGCAAUUAACGCCGCUGGCUUCAGAAUUCAUGCUCAACUCCACAAAUCGAGACCUGAUAUAAACGCGGCUUGUCAUGCUCACACAGUAUACGGCAAGGCAUGGGCAGCUUUUGGGAAAGAGCUUGAAAUGAUAAAUCAAGAUGCUUGCAUUUUCUACAAAAACCACUCGGUAUACCAGGAUUUUGGAGGUGUCGUACUGGACUCUGAAGAGGGCAAACGGUUGGCAGAGUCUCUAGGAUCAAACAAAGCGGUUUUAUUGCAGAACCAUGGUUUGUUGACAGUUGGUGAGACCAUCGAUGAAGCCGGCUACUUGUUCACUCUUUUAGAAAGGACUUGCGAAGUUCAACUUCAAGUAGAAAUGGCUUCAAGAGCUGGUCUCCAAAGGAACAUUAUUGGCGAUGAUGAGGCUUACUACACUUAUUACAACACCUCGGAUCCAGAAAGUUUAUACAGUUCCUUUCAAUCCGACUACAACUACGAGUUGAAACUAACGAACGGUGAAUUUUUGCAAUAA